AUGUCAGACAGCAAACAUGCGGGCCUCUCACCCGCGCUCGUCGAGUCCAUCGCCGGACUCUCGGCCGGCUCAGUCGCGACGUUGACGGUUCAUCCGCUUGAUAUCGUUAAGACUCGGAUGCAAAUCCACAGAAGCACUGCCGGAACCUCGACCAGCCUGACCACAAUUUCCCUCAUCCGCAGUCUCACCCAGAACCCGCGCCCCAUCGCAUCCCUUUAUCGCGGACUGACGCCUAAUCUCAUCGGUAACGCCUCAAGCUGGUCAGCGUUCUUCUUUUUCAAGAACCGUGUUGAGCGCGCCAUUGCGUACUGGAAAGCCGGGCCGCUUGCGACCUCACACGGCUCAGGCGCAGACUCGCGAAGUCUGACGAAAGAGGUGCUCUCAACGCAGGACUUCUUCCUCUCAUCCGCCCUCGCCGGCGCCCUCACCCAAGUCCUGACGAACCCUAUUUGGGUGCUCAAGACACGCAUGGUAUCAUCUGAUCGCACCGCCGUGGGCGCGUACUCCAACAUGUGGUCUGGGGCGCGCCAACUGUACAUGACUGAAGGGUUGAGAGGAUUCUACCGAGGACUCGGAGUGAGCUUGAUCGGUGUUUCGCAUGGCGCGGUACAGUUUGCUGUGUACGAGCCUGCAAAGAGAAUGUACUUUGCCGGCCGGAGGCAGAAGGGUGACAACGGGGGCCGGCUAAGCAACGAGGCGACCGUUGUCAUCUCGACAGUAUCGAAGCUUGUGGCCGGUGCUGUUACCUACCCCUACCAAGUCCUGCGCAGCAGACUGCAGAACUAUGAUGCUGAUGAGCGGUUCGGACGCGGAAUCAGAGGUGUCGUGAGGAGGAUAUGGCAGGAGGAGGGAUUCAGGGGCUUCUAUCGAGGCCUGAUGCCGGGUGUUGUUAGGGUGAUGCCAGCUACCUGGGUUACGUUCCUUGUGUAUGAGAACGUCAAGUUCUACUUGCCUCACUGGGCAGAGUAA